GAAUCUUCAACACAUAAUCCCAUUUGCAUUAACCCAAAAUCACGCCGACCAAUCAGCGAUUUGUCAUGAUUAGCAUUUACCCACCGUCUUUCCCGCGGCGGAGCACGGCCGCCUGAGAAUGAAAUCAAGAAAUCCAAUGGCCGAAGAAACAAACAAACAAAGCUCUCAACAACUUUUGUUCACUUUUCAACUCCAGAAACUCAAAAGCACAAACCCAAAAUACUACUAAAAAACAACCCACAAUCACGAGCACAAACAAAAAGCAACCACCACCACCCCCACCCUACUCUGUUCCUCCACCGUAGAAACUUCAGUUGCCAAAUCCAAAAGUAAUCCAAACCCCCCAAAAUCAAUGGUCCCAUGUUUCACAUACAACACACACUGACAGAUAUGAAGAGCAGCUGAAAAAUAAAAGUAUAACUGAAAGAGAAGCCAUGAUCCAUUAGCUCCUGCCAUCAAUUUGCAGACUUCAUCAUUUCCUAACUAAGCCUUUUUCAAAGCAUAAAGACAAGAAAAAGCCCACCUACAAAAUAUUCCUUGCUAUCAUCAUCUUUCUCUUACUUCCUUUCACAACCCACCUUUUCUUCCUCUUCUUUUCUCCUCCUUUUCACAUUUUCGUUCUUGGAUUUCUGGGAAUUGAAGCAUAAGCAAAAGGAAUGGCGAGUCUUGCGGAUAUUGGGGUGUCGGCACUAAUCAACAUACUGGGUGCAUUUGCGUUUUUGCUUGCCUUUGCGCUGCUCAGGAUUCAGCCUAUCAAUGAUAGAGUUUACUUUCCCAAGUGGUACAUUUCUGGGAAGAGGACUAGCCCCCGGAAUUGGGGUGGUGUGGUUGGCAAAUUUGUCAAUCUCAAUCUCAAGACUUAUCUCACUUUUCUGAACUGGAUGCCUCAGGCUCUGAAGAUGAGUGAGUCUGAGAUUAUCAGCCAUGCUGGCCUUGAUUCUGCUGUUUUCCUGAGGAUUUAUAUUCUUGGCUUGAAAAUAUUUGGACCAAUAGCAAUUGCAGCUCUUCUACUUCUGAUUCCAGUGAAUGUUUCUGAUGGAACUUUAUUUUUUCUGCGCCGUGACUUGGUCGUCAGUGAGAUCGACAAGCUUUCGAUAUCAAAUGUUCGUCCUAAGUCCUAUAAGUUUUUUGUCCACAUAUCAAUGGAGUAUUUGUUUACUUUUUGGGUCUGUUACAUGCUUUAUAAGGAAUAUGAUAGAGUUGCCUCAAUGCGGCUAAACUUUUUGGCUUCACAAGGCAGGCGUGCAGAACAAUUCACGGUUCUUGUUAGAAAUGUGCCACAUGUUUCCGGACGCUCAAUUUCAGACAGUGUUGAAACCUUCUUCCAGAAAAACCAUCCAGAUCGCUAUUUAUGUCACCAGGCUGUGUACGAUGCUAAUAAGUUCGCCAAACUGGUCAGAAAAAGAAACCGACUUCAGAAUUGGCUGGAUUACAACCAGCUUAAGUUUGAGAGACAUCCGGACAAAAGGCCUACACGAAAGAGAGGCUUCCUUGGACUUUGGGGUGAAAGGGUGGACUCAAUUGACUACUACAAAGAGCAAAUUAAAGAUCUUGAUAAAACGUUGACGAUGGAACGCCAGAAAAUCCUCAAAGACUCCAAAUCCGUAACUCCGGCUGCUUUUGUGUCAUUCAAUUCAAGAUGGGGGGCAGCUGUUUGUGCACAGACACAACAGAGCAAAAAUCCCACACUGUGGUUAACAAGUUGGGCCCCUGAACCCCAUGAUGUAUACUGGAAGAAUCUGGCGAUACCAUUUGUUUCACUCAGCAUUAGGAAACUUGUGAUUUCGUUAUCCGUGUUUGCAUUAGUCUUCUUUUACAUGAUACCUAUUGCUUUUGUCCAAUCACUGGCAAAUCUGGAAGGACUUGAGAAGGUUGCACCUUUUCUGAGGCCGUUAAUUGAAUGGAGCUUUGUCAAGUCAUUCCUUCAGGGUUUCCUUCCUGGUCUUGCUCUUAAAAUCUUCUUGUAUGUUCUUCCCAAAAUUUUAAUGGUUAUGUCAAAAAUAGAGGGGCAUGUGGCGAUAUCACAAUUGGAACGGAGAACUGCUGCAAAAUAUUACUACUUCAUGCUGGUCAAUGUGUUUUUGGGUAGCAUUGUGACCGGAACAGCAUUCCAGCAACUUCACGCUUUCGUUCACCAACCACCUGCCCAAAUCCCGAGAAACAUUGGUGUUUCAAUACCUAUGAAGGCUACUUUUUUCAUCACAUACAUAAUGGUUGACGGCUGGGCUGGGAUUGCUGGUGAAAUUCUCCGGUUGAAACCUUUAGUGAUUUUCCACCUAAAGAACAUGUUCAUCGUAAAAACUGAGAGGGAUUUGGAGAAGGCAAUGGAUCCUGGAGGCGUUGAUUUCCCUGAAACCUUACCGAGUCUUCAACUCUAUUUCCUUCUGGGAAUCGUGUACAUGGUCGUUACCCCAAUCCUCCUUCCUUUUAUACUGGUCUUCUUUGCCUUUGCGUACUUUGUCUACCGCCAUCAGGUCAUUAAUGUAUAUAACCAACAGUACGAGAGCGCUGCAGCAUUUUGGCCACACGUUCACGGUCGUAUUGUAGCAAGCUUACUGAUAUCACAACUCCUCUUAAUGGGCUUAUUGAGCACAAAAAAAGCUGCAAAUUCCACUCCUUUGCUCGUCGUGCUACCCGUAUUGACUCUGACCUUCCAUAAAUACUGCAAGAACCGCUUCGAACCCGCAUUUAGAAAGUAUCCUCUUGAGGAAGCCAUGUUGAAGGACACACAAGAUCGUGCCUCUGAAUCUGACGUCGACUUAAAAUCUUACUUGGCUGAUGCAUAUUUGCAUCCGAUUUUCCACUCGUUUGAGGAAGUCGAGUUGGUUGAGGUCAAAGUCGACAAAAACCAGGCUCAUGUCCCCAGUUCUUCUCCAAGCGAGCUUAGUUCUCCGUCCCCUCAGCAUACCUAUCACCACGAAGACGAUCCAUCCCAUAUUGUCCAGCACUACGAAGUCGAGCCAAAUCACACCAUGUAUCACUAUGAAGCUCAAUCGCCGAGCAACAUAUAUAGGUACGAAUAUGCUGCUGAACAACACUACCAAUACUAUCACUACUGAAGUUUGAUUUUUAUGUUAUAAGAAGUUAAAAAUUUCUUUCUGAUGUAAAUCCCUAAUCAAAUAUCCUUCUAGUUAGAUAGCUUUGAUGCUAAGAUCUUGCCCAUUUUCAGUUGUAACUUCUGUAAGUUUAGUUCAUGUAAAUGUAAUUGUGUUGUUAGUUUCUCUC